GUGGACUGUGGCCGCCGCUGCGCAGCGCAGCAUACCAGCUGCACGCUCUCACGUCCUGUGUUUGACAAAACCUUGGUUUGACUAUGUGAGCAGAACAUGCGGCGGUAAUGGCUGCCAGGGAGAGUGAGGAAGACAACAAAUGAACCCCCGAGAAACGUUUCAAAGUGAGGACUAGAAUGGUAAGCAGCCAGCCAAAGUACGAGCUGAUGCAGGAGGUGGGGCGUGGCAGCUACGGUGUGGUCUAUGAGGCAGUAGUGAAGCGCACAGGGGCCCGGGUGGCUGUGAAGAAGAUCCGCUGCCACUCUCCAGAGAAUGUGGAGCUUGCGCUGCGGGAGUUCUGGGCCCUCAGCAGCAUCCAAAGCCAGCACCCGAACGUCAUCCACCUGGAGGAGUGUAUCCUGCAGCGGGACCAGCUGGCCCAGAGGAUGAACCAUGGCUCUAGCUCUCCACUCUACCUGGAGCUGGUGGAGACGUCACUGAAAGGCGAGAUCACAUUUGACCCGUGCUGUGCCUACUACCUGUGGUUCAUCAUGGACUUCUGUGAUGGUGGUGACAUGAACGCCUACCUGCUGUCACGCAAACCUAGUCGCAAGACCAACACCAGUUUCAUGUUGCAACUUGGCAGCGCUCUUGCCUUCCUGCACCGCAACCAGAUUAUACAUCGUGACCUCAAACCAGACAACAUCCUCAUCUCCCAGGCCUGCACACCGGCUGGCUCAUCUGAGCCCACCCUCAAAGUGGCUGACUUUGGCCUGAGCAAGGUCUGCUCCACCUCCGGGCUCAACCCUGAGGAGCCGGCCGGUGUCAACAAGUGCUUCCUGUCCACAGCUUGUGGAACAGACUUCUAUAUGGCUCCAGAGGUCUGGGAGGGCCACUACACGGCCAAGGCGGAUAUCUUUGCCCUCGGAGUGAUUAUCUGGGCCAUGGUUGAGCGCAUCACUUUUGUGGAUGUGGAGACUCAGAAGGAGCUGCUGGGGAGCUAUGUGCAGCAGGGCUCGGAGAUUGUACCUUUAGGAGAGGCCCUGUUGGAGAACCCAAAGAUGGAGCUGCUGAUCCCUGCCAGAAAGAAGAGCAUGAACAGCCACAUGAAGCAGCUGAUCAGGGAGAUGCUGUCGGCCAACCCUCAGGAACGGCCUGACGCCUGUGAACUGGAGCUCAGACUGGUCCGUAUUGCCUGCAGAGAACUGGACUGGGACACGUGAUGGACGAGCGAACGGCACCACAGCCGUUCAAGCACAUGCAUACUUCUCAUCAGCUACUGUUAACCUAGAUGGUCACAUAACUGGGAAUUCGUUUUUUGUUUUGUUUUUUACUAGGGGAAAAAAAACUAGAGAAUAAUGAUUGUUUGUCUAAUGGCUUAAACUUCAUCCACUGACUAAGCACAUACAAACUUGUACUAGCUGUGUGUUUAUAAUGAAGAGGAGAGGUCACCCACUGCUGCUGCUAUCAUUACUGCUGCUGCUCAGAACUGCGGCUUAGUCUCAGGCUAAUCACAUCACAACUCCUUCCUCCUUACAGAGUCACUCGAGUGUGGAGGAGCCGAAUGACCCCAGAUGUCAAAUCAAUUCAGCAUUUAAUUAGAAGUGAAAGUCAAAGUAGCAGUCAAACUGCUUAUUUAUAAAUACCAUCUUGGUGCUAAUUGUAUCUAAAUGCAAUAUAAGAUGUGAGACUUUAUCCUGUGUACUUUUAUCCAAAGGGCCAAUAUUAAAACACAUUCACCUCAGUGUGUAGAAAGUUUUGAAGCAGUUUGAGGCUUUGACAGAACCUGACCAGAAAUCAGAUUUCACCCUGGCCGUUACCACCAGCAGUAAUGAACAUCAUUUUUACACCCAGAUUAGAUUCUGUUUCAGUAUCAAAUGCAGAUACUGUACGCCCUGAAUGCUCAGGUAAUAAAACCUACAGACAAACGGAUGGUAUUUGUAGACAAGCUUCUACUAACAAGGUCAGUGUUGCUCAGUGGUCUUACAGACUAAAAAUACCAAACUCUGGUGCUUAAAGAUAACUGUUUCAAGGCUGCUUUGCUGGUUGUGUGGGUGGAGGACAUUUUAUCAGCAAGUAUCCAGCCUGCAGGUGCUUGUGGUUGGUGUUUCCUCUUUCUGCCCAUUCCAAACUUGAAGAUGCAUGGAUUGGACACAGACACACCCCCAACCAGUCUACUAGAAUGUGUAACGAUCAAGAUGAUACAUUUUAUAUUGAGCCUUAAACAUAAGAACACUUUUAAUGACGAAGCCCUUCACAGAGUUGAUGAGGAAGAGAGCCUAAAAGAUAUUCUGCGUUGCUGCUUGGGUCUCAUUUUCAUGGUUUUGGCCAUCUUUUCUGUUGCUAAUAGUAACUUUGUACACACUAAUUCAGUUGAUUGGUUGAUUAAUCUGAACCUAUUAGUUACUGUUGCGUAAUUAGCUGUAGUUAGCUAAUUAAUAAUGAUGCACUGACCGAUUGCCGAAGAUUGGAAAUGGCUGGUUUUCAGCGUGAUCGGCCUUGACCAGUGUCUGGGCGAUCAAUUUGAGAUAUCCGGAAGAAAGACUGAGAGAAAGACGGAAAAUGUUAAACUCUGUAUUAAAGUUUUAUAUUUAUUGCAAUUUAACUAAAAAUAUUUGUGUAUGCAGUCAAUUACAGUUCUUAGAAAGAAAUAAUGGAAUCGGCCAAAAUCGGAAUUAGCAGGUCAGAUUUAAAAGAAAAAGAAUCAGAAAUUGGAAUCGGCCAAGAAAAUUGCAAUGAAUGCAUCUCUACUAAUUAACAUUGAUUUAGUUGAAAAGUGCUUUCUCCAGCUGGAUUUCCUAAUGUAUGAAAACAAUAACUCAGCAUAAGGGUCUUAAAUACGCAAGGGUUUCAUGGUUGAUGCUGAGAACAUGGAAAUAAAGCAGUAGGAAUGUUUUUGUAUUGCACGGCAUGGAUAGUUUGAUUUAGUGUUAUAUUUUACUAUGAUAAAAAAAAAAAACUUGAGCUGCAAUGCCUAGACAAUCGACAGGAAAUUAAUCAGCCACAGUUUUGAUGAGGGAUUUAUUGCUUUGAGCCAUGUUUUAAAGCAAAAUGCCAAAAGUCUUUGAUACCAGCUUCCCCACUGAAAAUAUUUCUUGUUUUUUUAUCUUGGUAAACUGAAGUGUUGAACAAAACAAGACAUUUGACACUUUCACUUUGAACUCUGGGGGGUAGUGUCACGCCUUGUUUGACACAGUCAGAAUUGAUAAUCAAAUAAUGAUAGAUUGUGCUGUUCAGAUGUUUACAAGAGAAACUUAGCUAAGAUGAGCUACACAAAGACUGAGUUUCUGCUUAAUUUUUACCCUUUGUAAACAUUAGAAAUUGGUUGAAGAUGAGAACAAGCAAUUGCUUUUUUCAUAUUUCAUGUAAACUUCCCUGAGUUCAAUAAAUAGCACAACCCAACCUUUAAUGUAACAGUGAGCAGUGUUACACUGGCUCCCACAUGGUGAAGGUGUCAGUUGUUAAUGGGGCUCUUUCUCACACACCUGAAGCAUUGCAAACUAGCUUGGGUUAUUAAUACUGGCUUUUGUCCGUGCUACAUUUAUAUCUCUAAGAAAACACGUGUAUUUAAAAGUAGCUAAUUACUGUAUAAUGCUAACUCUUCGCCUAAGAAGUAACCUGAUGCCCGGGUAUUAGUUUCUGUAAAAGGUGUGGGAGAAAACAAAGGUGGGGCCAAACUCUGAGGUAAACGUCUCUCAAAGAUGAUCAGUUCCUGAUUCAACUAUAAUUAUUCUUUGUGCACACUCACAUCUAGUGCAGGGUGGUUUUAUUUCCAGUACUUUGGGUGAGCUCACUUUCAGUUUCCCCUCCAAGUAAAGUGAGAAAAGACAAUCUGGCUAAACUGUUGGGAAGUUUACAGCUUAUAACAACUGAUCAUGUUGUGCGCCCUGAUGGAUUGUUGGUCCACAGUGUAGUGGUGUUGCCGUGUUCGUACAGUACACUGCUAUUAUACAGUGGCUAAUAGAAAUAAUGUCCAAAACUAUAAAACUAAAACCCAAGUAGUAGUAAACCAGAAUUAUUUAAUAAUGAUAAGGAAAUCCAAGCAACCGAGCACACUCCAAUGAAGCUUUCGGGCUUUGUGGAGUGACUCCCCCACACAUGGAAAACAAAUUGACUCCUGAGAGAAAUCCCUGUGUUGUGCAGACGUAGAUUAUGUUAUCUGGAGUAUGAGCUACUUGUAUUAUUGGCAGUGACAUGAAUAUUCACACUAGAGUUCAUUUGGAAUUCAGUGAAAGCACUUAUUUUGUUUGUAUUUAUUCCUUGUAACUAGCUACUGCAUUUAUAUGGAGGUGCCCUGUGAGGCUGGAUUGAGUGCGAUAACUGCUGGUAUUAGUUUAUCAGGCAAACAAAAUGUCAGCUAACAGUCUACUUAUGCAUGCAGUGCCUCUCACCUUCAGGGAAGAAGUGAGAGAAGACACCAGCACGCACAAUCCUCCACAAGCCAGAGGAUCGCUGCCUUUUCUUUUUUUUCCUUUGACACACAGUACUGUUGUGUUGAAUGUGAUCUCCUCUCGCUGUUACUGCUUCUUGCUUCCUUUGGCUCCGUAUCUUAAAGCAAGCCCUUUCUUCAUGCUUCCAACAGGCUAAUUGUAAGCCUAUUAAGUUGUUGCAGCACUUGGCAGAGGAUCAUGCCUUCCACGUCAUACUUUGACAAAUUUUUACAAGAACCUGUAAAACAAAACGAUCUCGACAUCUUGUUGCACUCGAACUCUGGCAGAAAAUCUAAAUUUUCUAGCUGUGUUGCCAACAUUCAUCUGAUACAUGGCCUUUAAUUCUCCCCGUAGCUGUAAUAGCUUUAUUGCCUGUCAUGAGUGCGAUUUGCCUUAUUUCAGAAAUUCACCACUUUUUUUUUUAUUUUGUCAACAUUACACUCAAACACAAAAUUGGCUGAAGUUGUGCCUGAGUUUUUCAGUGUCUUUCAGCAUGGUGCUUUGGUAUGAAUAGCAAUACCACAGAUCAGUAUUAACACACCUGUCUUUUUCACAGGACAUCUAUGCUGCUUUGGACAAUGUUGCUUUGCUUCAAGAAUGUGAUAUUUCUGUCUUUCUGUACACGAGCAGCAAUGUUUGGACUCAGAGUAGGUCACCCAUAUCCUCAAUGCUAGAAGCAGAGGAUGAUGGGUAGUCAUUUCUGGCCAGAUUUCUUCCUCCUACCCUUCUAGACAAUAGGAUGGAGGACGGAGGCCCUUGGCUUCCUCUGAGGUUAGCCAAACAAACGCCUGGUCUGUGGUAUCAGGAGAGUUUGACUUUUGAUUUGUUGUAUUCUGUUCCUUUGCACAUGUGUACAUACUGUACAGGAUCAACAGGGGAUGAACAAGAUUAAUGUACAUUUGACUGGAUGUGCUCUGUUUUCAAGAGCCUGAACUUGAUUGUAAAUUGCAAUUAUGGAUUUUCUUAAGCUCUUAAUUCCGCUUCAGUUUACUUCAAUCAUUGAAAUGAUGUGACAUAUUUCCAGGUUAAUACUGUUGGUGUGCUAGUGAUAAUUGUUAGUUUUCAUUGGCCUAUUGUUUGUGAUUUUUGUGUAAGCAAAGCUGGUAUGCAGCCGUCUGUUCUCACUGCUACAGGACUAUGUGGAACAGCCUCCUUUUGGACUUCUGGGCUGUUAGUCAGAUGUGUGUGUGGAACAACAUACAUGGUAUAUACUCAGACUUGGAGAUUUUACUCACUGAGUGGCUCAUAACACUUGCUACAGUAGAAAUGUUGAAAAUAAUAACUUACCUGCCAGUAGGCAGUUUGCUUUAGUGACAGUGUGGGGAAAAACAAGUUUAUAAAAAGUCGCAGGUCUCUUCCAUUACAUCACCCAGUGGAGUGCUGCUUAACAGUAGUGUGCUCAGUUUUGCCACCUGUGGCCUGAACCACAAUUGAGUUUUUUUUUUUUUUUUUUUACGUACUUAAUUUCCUGCUUAAUGUAAAAUUGUUGUCUAAUAGCAAUUAAACUGCAACUGUUUU